AGCUUCUGACGCUGCUACGCGCUUUGAAUCCAAUUUAGUCCAAACUCUAUAUCCCCCCGGUUGUUUUUGUUACCUCUUCAAGAAAAGCUACCAUGCCCCCUUCGCUGUAAUUGACACUGACAUUAUACUAUUAUUAUCAUUCUUUUUCCCAAAUCCGUCUUGGUAUAGUUACUUGUACAGUAAUUGAUUCUUUGUUUAUUUUCUCAUCUGGGUUUCUCCCAAUUUCAACCUUCUGUACCUGGGGCAAGUUAAAAUUGUGAGAAAUCCGAAGAAAGUUGGAAUCUUUGUGGUAUCCGAUUUGUUGUAAUCAACUUAAAGAUCCCACGAAAUGCACGGCUACAGCCGCUUAGGACGGUCAAGCACCGGAAGUGGGAGCAUCUCGCCGUCCCCAUCACCCCCUUCCUCCCCUCGAUUUCGUCGUAACAAAGGCAGCAGCGGUGGAGGUGGAGGCGGUUUCCGAGGCGGUGGAGGUGGUGGUGUAGACGUGAAACUGCAGAGUUUUGUGGAGCGGUGGGUGUAUGUUGUGAUAUCGGCGGUGUAUAGGCGGCGAGGGAUUUUAUUAUUUGCUCCCUUGCUUUAUAUCUCUGCAAUGUUGUUGUAUAUGGGUACAAUGGGGUUUGAUGUUGGUAUGAUUCGUAAAGGUAGUGAAAGUAGCAUCGGAAAAACAGCUCCGGUGGGAUCUUUGUAUCGGAGUCCGCAGGUUUUUGAACACCUGUGGCCGUAUAUGGAAGCUGAGAAUAAUCGCAGCAAUGACUUGAUGAUGAAUGUGUGGAACAUGAAGACACGUCAAUCUUGGAAGCCCUGUAUUCCCCUCCAGAAUUCAGAAGCAGAAUUACCAAAAUCAAAUGGGUUCCUCAUAAUUGAAGCAAAUGGGGGGUUGAACCAACAAAGAUUAUCUAUAUGUGAUGCGGUGGCAGUGGCAGGGCUACUGAAUGCUACACUUGUCAUUCCAAUGUUUCAUUUAAACAGUGUAUGGCGUGAUUCAAGCAAGUUUGGGGAUAUAUUUGAUGAGGAGUUCUUCAUAUACGCAUUGAGAAGUCACGUGAAUGUGGUUAGAGAAUUACCAGAAGAUGUACUCACACGUUUUGACAACAAUAUAAGCAACAUUGUAAAUCUGAGAGUCAAAGGUUGGUCAAGUCCAACUUACUACCUUCAAAAGGUCUUGCCAAAGCUCGUGGAGUUAGGGGCUGUACGUAUUGCGCCAUUCUCUAACAGAUUGGCUCAUGCUGUUCCUUCAGAUAUCCAGGGGCAUAGAUGUCUUUCCAACUUUGGGGCACUUAGGUUUUCAGAACCUAUACGCACACUUGCAGCAAAAAUGGUUGAUAGAAUGAUCCGUAAUAGUUCUAGCAGUGGUGGAAAAUAUAUUUCGGUUCAUCUCCGUUUUGAAGAGGACAUGGUUGCCUUUUCAUGUUGCAUAUAUGAUGGUGGGGAGGAAGAACAAAAAGAAAUGGAUAUUGCCCGUGAAAGAAGUUGGAGAGGAAAGUUCCGGAAAAAGAAUCGGAUAAUAAAACCCGGUGCAAUUAGAAUGGAUGGAAAAUGCCCUUUAACCCCCCUCGAGGUUGGAAUGAUGCUUAGAGGCAUGGGUUUUGAUAACAAUACUUCAGUAUAUGUGGCAGCUGGUAAAAUCUACAAGGCGGAAAAAUAUAUGGCCCCACUUAAACAAAUGUUUCCUCGGUUAGAAACAAAGGAUACGUUAGCUUCACCUGAGGAGCUCGCUCCAUUUAUGGGGUACUCGUCUAGGUUGGCUGCUCUUGAUUAUACGUUAUGUCUACAUAGCGAGGUUUUUGUUACUACUCAGGGAGGAAAUUUUCCACACUUUUUAAUUGGUCACAGACGCUAUUUUUAUGAAGGACAUGCAAAGACGAUAAUACCUGACAAGAGAAAAUUAGCUCAAUUGUUCGAUAGCCCCCAUAUCAGAUGGGAGAGCUUUCAAAAGCAACUGCGGGAAAUGCUUCAUCAUAGUGAUGUAAAGGGGAGCGAACUGAAGAAGCCAACUGCCUCACUUUUCACAUACCCCAUGCCGGAUUGCAUGUGUAAGCAAGCAACUACAAAAAACUCAACAAAACUAAGAAGAUAAACUUAUAGAUAUAUAAAUAUAUGCCUUUGGGGAUUUUAACUUUAAGAUUAGAUUUUUUUUUACACGUGUAGUUAGUCAUAUGUUUUAUGAUUGUUGAUUUGUAUUUAGAUCGGGUUAUUGAGCUGGUGUGCUAUAUGAACCCUGAGCUGCUGGUGUGCUAUAUGGUAACUCAUGCACAUUGGUUUGUUGUAUAUACUAUAUACUAAAGUGAGUUGCAAGAGAAUUAGAUACACAGAUUUUGCUUCGGAUUCGAA